GGGCGGCGGCGCCCCGCGCACAUCACUUCCUCGGCGCCUCCCGCGGGCGCGGACGCGGACCCGCGGCCUCCCGCUCCCGACCAUGGCGGCCCCCGCCCCGCCCGCGGCCGACGAGCUCCCGGGCCCGGCCGCCCGGCGCCUCUACUCCAGGAUGGAGGCCUCCUGCCUGGAGCUGGCCCUGGAGGGUGAGCGGCUGUGCAAGGCUGGCGACUUCAAGGCGGGCGUGGCCUUCUUCGAGGCCGCCGUGCAGGUGGGCACAGAGGACCUGCAGACGCUGAGCGCCAUCUACAGCCAGCUGGGCAAUGCCUACUUCUACCUGAAGGAGCAUGCCCGGGCGCUGCAGUUCCACAGGCACGACCUGCUGCUGGCCCGGACCAUUGGUGACCGCAUGGGGGAAGCCAAGGCCAGUGGGAACCUGGGCAACACCCUCAAGGUCCUAGGCCGAUUUGAUGAGGCUGUUGUCUGCUGCCAGAGGCACCUGGACAUUGCCCAGGAGCAGGGGGACAAGGUCGGGGAGGCGCGAGCGCUGUACAACAUGGGCAACGUGUACCACGCCAAGGGCAAGCGGCUGUGCUGCAGCGCCGCACAGGACCCCGGGCACCUGCCCCCUGACGUGCGCGAGACGCUGCGCAGGGCCUCCGCCUUCUACGAGAGGAACCUGUCGCUGGUGAAGGAGCUGGGCGACCGGGCAGCCCAGGGCCGGGCCUACGGCAACCUGGGCAACACCCACUACCUGCUGGGGAACUUCACGGAGGCCACAGCCUUCCACAAGGAGCGCCUGGCCAUCGCCAAGGAGUUUGGGGACAAGGCAGCUGAGAGGAGGGCCUACAGCAACCUGGGCAAUGCCCACGUCUUCCUGGGGCGUUUUGAUGUGGCUGCUGAGUACUACAAGAAGACCCUGCAGCUGUCCCGGCAGCUGCGGGACCAGGCGGUGGAGGCGCAAGCCUGCUACAGCCUGGGCAACACCUACACGCUGCUGCAGGACUACGAGCGGGCGGCUGAGUACCACCUGCGGCACCUGCUCAUCGCCCAGGAGCUGGCCGACAGAGUGGGCGAGGGCCGUGCGUGCUGGAGUUUGGGCAACACCUACGUGUCCAUGGGGAGCCCCGCGCAGGCUCUGACCUUCGCCAAGAAGCACCUGCAGAUCUCCCAGGAGAUCGGGGACCGCAACGGAGAGCUCACAGCCCGCAUGAAUGUCGCUCAGCUGCAGCUGGCCCUGGGCAGACUGACCAGCCCAGCAGCUGCAGAGAAGCCUGACCUGGCUGGCUAUGAGGCCCAGGGGGCCAGACCCAAGAGGACACAGAGACUGAGUGCAGAGACUUGGGACCUGUUGAGACUCCCCCCAGAACGGGAGCAGAAUGGAGACACCCACCAUGCAGGGGACUGGCGGGGCCCAGGCAGGGACUCGCUCCCUCUCCCCAUGAGGAGUAGGAAGUACCAGGAAGGACCAGACAUGGCUGAGAGGAGGCCCCGAGGAGGCAGCCACUCCCCACUGGACAGUUCGGAUGUCAGAGUGCAGGUACCUCGCACGGUCAGCGGUACCCCUGGAGAGCUGGUCCCAGCUCGGGAUGAAGAGGGCUGGCAGGCAGGGCCAGUCCCAGGUCUUGAGCCCUGGAGACAGCUCUGCCGUGACAUCUUGCUGCCCCCUAGCCCCCAAGCCGUGCCCCAGAGCCUGCGGGCUGGGCCAGGCGGGGCCGGCUGCACUGAGUCCCCGUCCCUCCAGAGCAUACCGCGGGCCUCGUCUUCCGAGGAGGAGUGCUUCUUUGACCUGCUAAGCAAGUUCCAGAGCAGCCGUAUGGACGACCAGCGCUGUUCCCUGGAGGAGGGCCAGGCGGGGGCCGCCGAGGCCACAGCUGCCCCUACCCUGGAGGAGAGGGUUGCCCAGCCCUCCGUGACGGCCUCUCCCCACACGGAGGAGCUCUUCGACCUCAUCGCCAGCUCUCAGAGUCGCCGGCUGGACGAUCAGCGGGCCAGUGUGGGCAGCUUGCCUGGGCUGCGCAUCACCCACAACAACGUGGGGCACCUCCGUGGUGACGGAGACCCCCAGGAGCCCGGAGACGAAUUCUUCAACAUGCUCAUCAAGUACCAGUCCUCCAGGAUCGAUGAUCAGCGCUGCCCGCCACCCGACGCACUGCCCCGAGGUCCCACCAUGCCGGACGAGGACUUCUUCAGCCUCAUCCAGAGGGUGCAGGCCAAGCGCAUGGAUGAACAGCGCGUGGACCUCACUGGGAGCCCAGAGCAGGAGCCCAGUGGGCCACCGGAGCCCCGGCAGCAGUGCCAGCCUGGGGCCAGCUAAGGCCUCCUGCCACAGCCAGGCCUGCCCUGUAGACCUGCUCCUGCACACUGGGGGCUCACAACUGUCCACAUGGCCAUGGCCCCCAAGAAGCUGAGUCCUCCCAAAGCCAUGACUGAGGACCGGCUUGAGCCCCCAGCCCUUCCCACUGAGCCGAGCUGGGCACACUGCCCAUGGCAUGCCCCUGCCCCGGGCGGCAGGCUCGGACAGCAGCUGCUGUGUGGGGAGGGCAUGCCUCUGUCCGCACAGCCCAUGCUUCCUGCAGGCCUGCCUGGCUCUGCCUCUGCCCAGGCCGGGCCUUCAGCAUGUCGCCCCCAAGCCCGGUGCUUCCCGACCCUCCCCCUCCAGGACUCCACCCGGCCCUGCCAAAUGUGAAACCUGCCAUCUCCCAGCCCCCAGAGAGGUCUUCUCCGGGGGCUGCCAGGACACAGGCAUGUUCUGUCCCCCAGCUGGUCCUGGGGUAGCCACGCAGGGAACAAUACUCCAUCCCCAGGGCAGGACUCCUUUCCCAGAGCCCAUCUCCCCUUGUAAUCUGCUUUGAGAGGUCAGCAGCCAGAGAGCCUGGUGCAGGGCCACCCACAGUCCCUGGCCCCAGCAGGCAGCCCUGGGCCCACAGGGACCCAAGGGCUCAGCCCUGGCACCACCGCAGAGAGAAGGGCGGGGGCAGGAACACCUGUUCCUAAGCCCCAAGCCCUGAGACCUCCAGGCCAGCGACACAGAAGGGGACUGGGCCUAGGGUGGCACCAAGCUAGGUGGGCAACGGCACCAGAGUGGGCUGGCUCCAAGUGAGCACCUCGCACCUCGCCAUCUGGGGGAGAUGCAUCGCCUCUCCCGGGGACCAGCCCCCACACUGGAGUUGGUCCACAGGGUACCAAGCUCCCAACCCAAACCAGGGCAGGACCCGCUGCAGACCCGCGAGCCAGGCCUGGCGCCUCCUGCAGGCGGCCCUCUGGACCAGUCUGAGGGUUGCCUGUGACCUCGCAGCCCCCAGGGCAGCAGCCUCCCAGGUGCCUCCCCAAGCCUGGGGAGGGCCUGCGCCUCACCCACGGUACAGCCUGGGCACCAGGCAGGGCGAGGGCAGCUGGAAGGUGACCCUGGGCUCAGCACGGGGACCGUGCGGAGGUUGGGUCUCUGGGCCGGGAGCCCUCAUACUUGAAUGUACAUGCGUAUUUAUUGCUCGCAGGUGUCUGCCACGUUGUCACGGGUCCUUUCUAGCCCGAGAGGUACUUUUUUUUCCCCACCCGCCCUUGAAAAAUAAAGAGUGCCAGGUCA